AUCACCUUUUCCUCUGCUGCUCCGAGCUCCGCGGCGGCCAGGAGGAGAGUCAGACCCGGAUCAGGACCGUGGAUGUCUCGGCCGUGUGCAGAACAGCUGCUGGACCGGAACAUGUCGUCCUGAGCGGAUUUAAGCAGAUCUGAGACCUGCAGUUCCAGUGUGAUGGGAGAAUCGGCCGAGCAGGAUGGGCAACAAGCAGACAACCUUCACCGAGGAGCAGCUGGAGGCUUUUCAGGAUUGCACCUUCUUCACCCGGAAAGAAAUCCUGCGGUUACACGGCAGAUAUCGUGAGCUGGCUCCACAUUUAGUGCCACUGGACUACACCAACAAUCCCGACAUCAAAGUCCCUCUGACGCUCAUCAUCACCAUGCCUGAGCUGAAGGAGAACCCUUUCAGAGACAGAAUCGUGGAGACGUUCUCAGAGGACGGACAGGGGAACCUGAGCUUCAACGAUUUUGUCGACUUGUUUUCUGCUCUCUGUGAAACUUCACCCAGAGAGCUGAAGACAAUAUACGCCUUCAAGAUCUAUGACUUUAACAGGGACAACUUCAUCUGUAAGGAGGACCUGGAGAAGACUCUGAACAAGCUGACCAAAGGAGAGUUGACUGCAGAGGAGGUAACUCUGGUCUGUGACAAAGCCAUCGAGGAGGCUGACCUCGACGGAGACAACAAACUCUCCUUCGCUGACUUCGAGAACAUGAUCUCUAAGGCUCCAGACUUCCUGAGUAACUUCCACAUACGAAUAUGAGACUCUGCCUUCACAGCCGAGAUCCUGCAGAGGAGAGAUGUCUCACUGACACCUUUUCCUCAUCCAACCGGUCUCCACCUCCUCCCACACCUCCACCUGAACCUCAGACCCACCUCGACUCAGUGCCUGUCCUUUCUAUCACUUGUGGAGAGUCUUCCUCUCCAGCAAAACCUGAAACUGGACCCGAAGUCUCGUCUGGACUGACAGGAGCACAGUCAACUCUUGCCAAUUCUUGCAUAGAGGGACAUCGGGGACAGACAAUGCAUGAAACCUUUCUCUUUAAUUCCUUGUGAAUGUUAGGAGGCGGAUGAGGACGAGCGAUAAACCAAGACGGGGCUAAUUUUAUACCAAGAGAGCUUCUCUGCACCAAGUCUGAUGUCUCCUUGGAACAUUUUUGCUCUUUGGAGACACAAUUUGAGACGCUGGGAGGACAGUGCUGCAGAGGAACAGGGCUUUUCUGACUUCAGUGCUUUGCAGAAAGUCUCGAUCCACUGACUGGAUUCUUUUUAAAAAGCACAUUUUCAAAGGGCAAACAGUGAAGAACUAUGCAAUUUUUCUUCCUGACAUGUUGUAAAGCUGUGGACACUUUCUACGUCUGGUACAGUCAAAGGUUCUGGUGCAUAAUGACAAUCAUAGUAACCUGUAGCUCAGUGGAUGGAAGGGCUCUGUCAUCUCACCUGUAAAGUUUGGCUGUGAUAAACUUUUCCUGCCUCCAACAAACUUGAAAACAGUUUUCACUCAUUUGAGAUGAAACGUUUUCUGACUAGAAUCAAAUAAAAGAAUUUUCCGUUGCUCAGCGCUCCACAACACUUCUUACCAACAGAAACUGAUUCAGGUUCAGGUGCUGACGUCUGUCCUGUGCUGUAUUAUAGCUGCUCCACAGUCUGCAGCUAAAUCCA